UGAGAGACCAAGGACGACGGAGCAGCACGUUUCAUGGUCUUGUGCGCACACCCUAAACGCAACUACACGCAAAAACCCAACAAAUCCCAGAUCUCGAAAAGCCCCAACUCUGUGCUUUCAUGUGGGCUUGCUUUCCCCUUCUCUUCCUCGGUGAGCGAGGGUCCACUUCUAGGCGGAGGUAAACACUUUACAAUCGAAUAACGAACGGGCUAUAAUAGACGAGGAAGGGUGAGGGAGGUAUGUGGCGGUGCCAGACGCAGCGAGAAAACGUACGUACGUGCUUUACCCGAGUGGCGGUGUGUGUGUGUGUGUGUGUGUGACGUGAUAUUGCAGCCUACUCCUCCUGGAGCUCUGCGAGGGGAGCAAAGCGUGUCUAUUUCGCUCUGUUCUCUUACUCAGUGUUCCCAACAUCUCACAUCCACCCACACUACCGUUUUUUUUGGAGGGGCGACUUUUUUGGGGGUGCUGACCGUCUCGUGUGUGCGCUAGCCUAGGAUCUCUGGAGAACAUAUGACAGAGGGAACAAACUGUGGAGUAUAGUCUGUCGAAUUGAUUUGAGUUGGUUCCUUGCAGAUCGCCUUUCUACCCCACCAUCACUCAAGAAUCUCGCCCUCCGUCGAUAGCUGUCGUAUGUUGCGCUCGCCGUUCUCUCAGCAGCAGCAGGUCAGUGUUGGAUGGAGAAGGCAGAAGGGGGAAUGAGCCAGACCGGAGCCUAACGCAUUUUUCAUCCAUUGACCGUCUUGUUGCGCUGGACUUCUUUUGUUGGGAAUGGGGAGUAUUGAUUCACUGGAGGGCUGCAGAAUUUAUCUAUAAAGGAUGUGGCCAAGUAUGUUGGAAAAAUAGCCAUAGCUUCCGCAGUGUAAGGCCAAAUGACAUAGGAUGAAGGCUGUUCGUAACCUGUUGAUUUACAUAUUUUCCACCUAUCUUCUGGUUAUGUUUGGAUUAACUGGUGCCCAAGAUUAUUGGUGUUCCACUCUGAUCAAGGGGGUCAUAUAUGGAUCCUACUCGGUGACUGAGAUGUUUCCCAAGAACUACACAAACUGUACUUGGACCCUGGAAAACCCGGACCCUACCAAAUACAGCAUCUACCUGAAACUGUACAAGAGGGACCUGAGCUGCUCAGAGUUCUCCCUGCUCACCUACCAGUUUGACCACUACUCCCACGAGAAGAUCAACGAGCUGCUGAAAGUCAACGAGUCCAUCGUGUACCUGUGCGACUCCAAGAACAGCUACGUUUUUUUGCUGUACGACAAAAACUUCGUCCAACUCCGCCGGGUCUUCCCCUACGACUACAACGGGCUGACGCCGCAGAAGUUGGAGGAGGAGAAGUCAGUGGUAGAGUUCCUGGUUGUGAAUAAGGCCAGCCCCAGCCAGUUCGGGUGUCAGGUGCUCUGCACGUGGCUGGAGAACUGCCUCAAGUCGGACAAGGGCAGCGUGGAGACAUGCGGGAUCGAGUACUCCAAGUGCACCUGCCCCCAGCACUUGGGGGACGGGGAGUCGGAGAGCAUGCUCAUGCUCAACAACGUGGUAUUACCCCUGAACUCCCAGACUGAGGGCUGCCUGUCGCCGCAACUGCAGGCCGGGCAGGUGUGCAAUCUCAGUGCGGAGGUGAAGCGUCCACCGAAAGAAGAGUAUGGAAUGAUGGGAGAGCAUACUGUAAAAAGUCAGCGGCCGCGCUCAGUUCAUGACACAAAGGCCCUGCAGGAGCAAGCUGAGUCUGCUAAAUUUAUGGCACAAACUGGUGAAUCAGGUGCAGAGGAGUGGUCCCAGUGGAGCUCAUGCUCUGUAUCUUGCAGUCAGGGGUCGCAGGUGCGCACCAGAACGUGUGUGACACCGUACGGAACGCACUGCACCGGCCCUUUAAGAGAGUCAAGGGUUUGCAAUAGCACGGCCCCCUGCCCAGUACACGGUGUGUGGGAGGAAUGGUCCCCCUGGAGCUUGUGUUCGUUCACGUGCGGGCGGGGCCAUCGUACCCGCACUAGGAUGUGUGCUCCCCCGUUGCACGGCGGACGCGCGUGCGACGGACCCGAGACCCAGAGCAAGCUCUGUAACAUCGCUCUGUGCCCAGUGGACGGACAGUGGCAGGAGUGGAGCACUUGGAGCGAUUGCUCCGUGACCUGUGCCAACGGCACUCAGCAGAGGACCAGGCAGUGUUCGGCCGCGGCCCACGGGGGAUCCGAGUGCCGGGGUCACUGGGCAGAGAGCAGGGAGUGCUAUAAUCCUGAUUGCACAGGAGCAUCUCCACCCCAGAGCGGGGCGACGCAGUCUGCGUUUAAAGCAGGAUGGGCGGAAUUGCUCUCUGCCUCUCUCUCUCUCUCCCUCUCCCUCUCUCUCUCUCUCUCCCUCUCUCUCUCUCUCUCUCUCCCUCUCUCUCUCUCUCCCCCUCUCUCUCUCUCCCCCUCUCUCUCUCUCUGCCUCUCUCUCUCCCUCUCCCUACCUCCCUCCCUCUCUCAUUGUCUUCUAUCCCCCCUCUCUUCCAUCCCUCUCCCUCUCCCUCUCCCUCUCAUCCCGACCCCCUGGCUCCCCCUCUCCCUCUCUAAACAUGUCUCUCCUCCCGUGUUUCCCGGGCUCCUCUCUGCAGGCACCACCAGUCGACGCUGCUCCCUGGACCACCGGGGCGUGGCCUACUGGGAGCCGCCCAGCUACGCUCGGUGCAUCACCAAUGAAUUCAGGUCCUUGCAGCAAUCAGUUCAGGGGCACCUUGCCAAGGGCCAGAGGAUGCUGGCCGGGGACGGCAUGUCCCAGGUCACCAAGAACCUGCUGGACCUCACCCAGCGGCGCAGCUUCUACGCCGGCGACCUCCUCUCCUCCGUGGAGAUCCUGCGCAACGUCACCGAGACCUUCAGGCGGGCCCACUACGAGCCCUCCUCCGACGACGUGCAGAACUUCUUUCAAAUCAUCAGCAACCUUCUGGAGGAGGAGAACAAGGAGAAAUGGGAGGACGCCCAACAGAUUUACCCGGGCGCGGUGGAGCUAAUGCAGGUCAUAGAGGAAUUCAUCCACAUCGUCGGACUGGGAAUGAAGGAUUUCCACAACGCCUAUUUGAUGACGGGGAACUUGGUCGCCAGCAUCCAGAGACUUCCUGCGGUAUCGGUGAUGACCGACAUCAACUUCCCCAUGAAGGGUCGUAAAGGCAUGGUCGACUGGGCCAGGAACUCUGAAGAUAAAGUGGUGAUCCCAAAGGGCCUCUUUGUUUCGCCGUCAGCAGGAGACAUGGAUGGAUCCCCGGUCUUUAUUUUAGGAACAGUCCUUUACAAGACCCUCGGACUCAUGCUGCCUUCACCAAAGAACCACACGGUUGUGAACUCCAAGAUAAUUGCGGUGACCGUGAGGCCGGAGCCCAGAGUCACAAGCACUCACUUGGAAAUCGAGCUUGCGCAUCUGGCAAACGGGACCUUCAAUCCGUACUGUGCAUUAUGGGAUAGCAGCAUCAUGAACGACUCUUGGGGAACCUGGUCCUCAAAAGGAUGUAAAACGGUGCUCACAGAUGCAUCCCAUACGAAAUGCUUAUGUGAUCGUGUAUCUACCUUCGCCAUUUUGGCUCAGCAACCAAGAGAAAUAGCCAUGGAGUACUCGGGGGUCCCAUCUGUAACACUGAUAGUUGGCUGCGGUCUGUCCUGCCUUGCCUUGAUCACACUGGCAGUGAUCUAUGCCGUCCUUUGGAGAUAUAUUCGUUCUGAACGAUCUAUCAUCCUUAUCAACUUCUGCCUGUCCAUAAUCUGCUCAAACAUAUUGAUCCUCGUCGGACAAACACAGACUCACAAUGCGGGCGUGUGCACGAUGACCACGGCCUUCCUGCACUUCUUCUUCCUGGCGUCGUUCUGCUGGGUGCUGACCGAGGCGUGGCAGUCCUAUAUGGCCGUGACGGGCAAGGUCCGGACCCGGCUCAUACGCAAGCGCUUCCUCUGCCUGGCUGGGGGAUUACCGGCCUUGGUUGUCGCAGUCUCGAUGGGAUUCACUAAAGCGAAGGGCUACGGGACCCCCCAAUACCCUCCAGGACCAUUUGUUGCUUGUUGCUUAGUUACCACCGGCAGGACUUUUUCUUUUUCUUUAUCACAAAAAAAAAGAAAAAGGGUUAGAAAAGGGCUAGAUCCUCACUCACCCGUUCUCCUUUCUUCCCCGACCGGUUCGCCACUGCAGAGGCCACUGCAGACGAUGGACACCAAGACAAUGCCAAACAAGAACCCGUGGGAGAGCUACAACCCGGCCUGCGAGUACCAGAACUACGCCACCAUGAGUGUGCUGGAGCCCGGCGCCAAGGCCUCCCUGGAGAUGACUGCGGCCGAGUGGGAGAAGUGUGUGAACCUGCCCCUGGAGGUCCAAGAGGGGGACUUCCAGACGGAGGUCUAGUGGAGGGGGGGGGGGGGGGGGAAUCGCUGGGGAGAGGAGAGAGGGGGCGGGGGGGGCAGGGAGAGAGAGGGGGGGAGGGGGGGGAGGGGUGGCAGGGAGAGGAUGUAUUUUGCACUGAAAAAAAAGCAACUGACUUUUUGAAAACAGCCUUGGCGUACAUAUCUGGAUAUAAGGAGCGCGGCGGGGACAUUAUGUGCCAAUACCGGUGGAGAGGAAGAGGAGGAGGAGGAGGAAGGAGACGAGGAAGCGAAGAACAACAACAUGGGAGACGGUGGGGGGAUGGGGGGGGGGGGGAAACUCCAUCAGUGUUACUUUUUGUAUUCUCACUAGUGUACUUAGUGUGGGGGGAAGCCUGGUGUACAAUAUUUACCAUCACGUGUUUCAAAAAUAUCUGUUGAGGAAAAAAAUUGGCAACAAAAAAAAAGGAACAAAAAAAAAAAAGGUAAAUCUCGCGUUCGACGAAACAACCUCGAAAAGUAACUGACAUGCCAUGUCGUCCAGCUUCGUCGGGUCCAGCUUUGAUUUCCGAAAACGCUCGACCCGGAAGCACAAUGUAUAUAUUUAUGCAGGUUUUUAAAGAGUUUAUAACAGUCUGUUUGGCCAUUACUACACUUUUUACUUAUAAUAUAAAAAAACAUGGACGGCAAAGAGGGAUUUUUUCUUCGUCAUAUUAAAAAUGAUGUUUGUCAAGCUACAUUCUUCAUUGCUUUAAAUGCAAUAAAGAUAAUACUCACUUUUAUAUAAAUAAUAUAUUUCACAACUUUAAUACUGCAGAAUCUGCUUCAAGGACCCCCAGGCAGGCUCACUCAUCUGCAGCUGUAUAAAAUAUUUAAAAACAAAACGUUGUAUGGUGUAAAUAAAAUUUUGUCUACAUAUGUUUUACUCGUGCCAAUUUAUUUUAAUGAGAAAAGAAAAAUGCCAACCUGAUCAGAGUUCUAGCGAAAAAUGUUAACAUUUGAAAAGGAAUGUAAAUAAAAGAGGAAAUAUGUUCGUACUGCUUCA